UCUGUCUCAGAGUUGGACACCUUCUCCCCUAUUCCAUGUUAGAUUCCAACAUAAUCAACUUCACCAAACCCUCCACCUUCAUCCUGCUGGGCAUUCCUGGCCUGGAGGCGGCCCAUAUCUGGAUCUCCAUCCCCUUCUGCACCAUGUACACCAUAGCCAUCUUGGGGAACUUCAUCAUCCUGUUCAUUGUGAAGAGGGAACCGAGUCUCCAUGGGCCCAUGAACUAUUUCCUCUGCUUGCUGGCCAUCACCGACCUGGUCCUGUCCACAUCCAUCCUGCCUAAAAUGCUGGCAAUCUUCUGGUUCAAUUCCAGAGAGAUCGAUUUCAGUGCUUGCCUCACCCAGCUGUACUUCAUUUACUGCUUCUCAGCGAUGGAAUCUGGGAUCUUUGUGGCCAUGGCUUUUGAUCGCUAUGUGGCCAUCUGCCAUCCCCUGAGACAUUCCAUCACCCUGACAAACCCCGUGGUGGCCAAGAUUGGCCUGUCCGUGGUGCUGCGCGGCAUCAUGCUCAUACUGCCCUAUCCCUUACUGGCAAGGCAGUGGCCAUAUUGCAGAACCAACAUCAUCCCCCACUCGUACUGCGAGCAUAUUGCCAUGGUGAAGCUGACCUGCACAGACAUCCGCAUCAGCAGUUACUAUGGCCUGCUAGUGGCAUUCUUUGUGAUUGGUCUGGAUGUGAUUUUUAUUACUAUGUCCUAUAUCCAGAUCCUCAGGGCAAUCUUCAGCCUCCCCACAAAGGACGCCCGGCUCAAGACUUUUGGGACCUGCGGUUCUCACCUCUGUGCCAUCUUAGCCUUUUACAUCCCAACUCUUUUCUCCUCCUUCCUUCACCGUUUUGGCCACAAUGUGUCCCUGCAUUUACACAUUCUCAUUGCCAACAUGUACCUCCUUGUGCCCCCCAUGCUAAACCCCAUCAUCUAUGGGAUGAGGACCAAACAGAUCCGCGACAGGCUGCUCUAGUUCAUUACUCGUAAAGGCACCUAAUAUUUUCUCCAGGUG